AUGUCCGACGAAAUCACCGAUGCUGUCGCCGCGUCACUUCUGAAAAAGGAAGCCACUGAGCGGUCGCUCCGAUAUUCCGCGUUCGGACUUGUAGCUUUUGCUGGGGAUCGGAAAAAACCAAAUUCGGCCCCAAAGCCAAACACCCGAUUUCUAAAAAAUUUGGUAAAAGAAGCGGAUUCGCAUAAUGCGGCGUUACUUGCCAAGGAGGCCGAAGAGGCUAGAUUGAGGCUUGAGAAGUUGAGGAGGGAGGACGGGAGGAGUAAGGGGAGAGACAGGGAUAGGGAGAAGGAGAGGCAUCAUCAUCAUAGGAGAAGCAGUAGGAGCCGAAGUCCGGAUGCUAGGUCGACGAGGAGGAAAGAGAGGAGUAGGAGUAGGAGUAAAGAACGCGGGAAAAGAGAUAGGGAUGGUGAUAGGAAAGGGGUUAAACGACAGAGGGUUGAGAUUGGGGAUAUCGAUCGACUUCUACAGGCUUCGCGGCGUGAGAGAAGGGAUGGGGAGAAGGGUAAAGAUAAAGAAAGAGACCGGGAACGAUCGAAUCGGGAUAGAGAGAGAAGCUAUAGUCGGGAACGAGGAAGUCACAGAGACCGACGGGAUAAAGAGCGACGGCGAAGUAAAAGCCGGGAACGAACAAAGAGGAGCCAUCGUUCUAGAAGAUCGAGAACAAGAAGCCCGUCGCAUUCAAGAUCAAGAUCGUCAUCGCCGGAUAAACGAAGACACAAGUCGCAUAAAAGGCAUAAAUCACGUUCUAGAUCGCCUUCCGAUUCUCAAUCUCCACGAAAACGUAGGAGGUCCGAUUCACCAAAGGUAUCUCGGUUAUCACCGCCUCAGGACGACGAGGACCCACUCGCAGAAUAUCUCGCAAAGAAAUCUGCAGAUCGGUCACCAGAAAUUGGACCAUCUUUCCCGUAUAAAUCUAAGAAUGGCCCAAGGCCGCGUGGGCGAGGCCUUCCAGGCUCGUCAGCAAUGGACGCCCGCUUUGACCCUUCUUAUGACCCAACAAUGGAUGUGACUCCGACUAACCCUGAGGAUGAAGACGAUUGGGAAGCAGCGCUAGAAGCUCUCCGUGACCGACAGAAGUGGAAACAACAAGGGAAAGAGCGCUUAAAGGCGGCUGGAUUUGAUAAUGAUUUCAUAGAGGCAUGGGAAACUAAUACGACGAAGGACGAAAGUAGGAUCAAAUGGAGCAAGGAUAAAGGUGGAAGAGAUUGGGAUAGGGGUAAGGUUAUUGACGACGAGACUGGCGAGAUCAAGCUUAAAGCUUCAUGGGGAACUAGUUAG